UGAAAGCGCCUUUAAACAAAAUUUUCCGGAUAAACCCAAAAAUAGAUUUGAAUUUAAUUUCCACAACAAAGAGGUAAUUUUUGAAAUCGACCAAUUGGCAAGUAAAAGCGAUAAAUCGAUAAUUUGCCGUUAUGGUAAUACUACCGUUUUGACUGUUCUAACGGUCAAGCUAUUAACCAAGAAAGUUAAUUCUUUUUUUCCUCUCACUAUCACUUUUGAGGAGAAGUUUUACGCCGUGGGGCGGAUUCCUAAUGUUUUCGGCAAGCGCGAGGGCAAACCCAGUUAUGAUGCUAUUACUGCGGCUCGCUUAAUUGACCGCUCGCUCCGUAGUUUUUUUCCUUUUCCUAGCCAGCAAGAGGUUCAAAUAGCCAAUUCGGUUCUUUCUUUUGAUCCGGACUGUGACCCCCGUGUA